CCUCUUGCACUUAACCAUUGCGCUGCCCCCGCGCCGGGGGGGACAGAGCCACCUCAGGGGGCUCUGGCCCCCAAACCCCUCCCUCCCUGCUCUGCCCCACGGCACCUCAGCCCGACACUGGACCCUCGCCAUGUGCCUGGGCUCCUUCGUGCCCAGCCCCCCGGCGCCGGUCCCAGCGGCCAUGGAGCGCAGCUGCCUGAUGGACACCUCGGAGCCGGGCAGCGCCGCCGAGGAGGAGGAGGAGAAGGUGCCGGAGCCUCGGCCCAGGACCCGCUCCAACCCCGAGGGUGCUGAGGACCGGGCGCUGAGCGCCCAGGCCAGCGUGGGCAACCGCAGCGAGGGGGAGGGCGAGGCGGCCAGCACCGAUGACAGCCCCCAGGGCACAGCUGCGCCCGACGGCACCGCCUGGCCUGGCCCCGCGCCCCCCGCCGAGGUCCAGGUCAAGACCCCGCGGGUGAACUGCCCCGAGAAGGUGAUCAUCUGCCUGGACCUGGCGGAGGAGAUGGCGCUGCCCAAGCUGGAGUCCUUCAACGGGUCCAAGACCAACGCGCUGAACAUCUCCCAGAAGAUGAUCGAGAUGUUUGUCAGGACGAAGCACAAGAUCGACAAGUGCCACGAGUUCGCACUGGUGGUGGUCAACAACGACGCCACGUGGCUCUCAGGGUUCACCUCGGACCCCCGCGAGGUCUGCAGCUGCCUCUACGACCUGGAGACCGUCAUCUGCAAGUCAUUCAAUCUGGAAGGGCUCUUCAACCUGAUCCAGCAGAAGAUUGAGCUGCCGGUGACAGAGAACAUCCAGACCAUCCCACCGCCCUAUGUGGUGCGGACCAUCCUGGUGUUUGGCCGCCCCGGCUGCCAGCCCCAGUUCUCCAUGUCGGAGCAGAUGAAGAAGAUGCUGCAGUGUCCCUACUUCUUCUUCGACGUGGUGUACAUCCACAAUGGGACGGAGGAGAAGGACGAUGAGACGAGCUGGAAGGAGAUGUACAGCUUCUUCAGCAGCCUGGACACCAAAGGCACCAACUACAAGUACGAGGUGUCGCUGGCGGGGCCGGCCGUGGAGCUGCACAACUGCAUGGCCAAGCUGCUGGCGCACCCGCUGCAGCGCCCCUUCCAGACGCACGCGGCAUACGGGCUCCUGGAGGAGGACGAGCCCCCUGAGAUCGAAGCCACAGUCUGAGCUGGGCCCCCCCCCCGGCACCGGGAGCCACGGGUAGCCGUGUGGUGGUGACCUGGCGUGGGGCAAAGAGAGAGGUGUUUGGCUGA